UUGCCGUGGCAACGGCACUUGUUGAGGGGCAGUGGCGCCAUGUUGCGGCCGGGGCCGGAUCGCGCCGAGGCGGCACUGCGGGAAUGGCGGUGGCAGGGCGAGCGGCGCCGGCAGGGCCGCGUCUUCGACGCCCGCGCCAGGAUCAUCGGGGUUGAUCAAGAUGCUCUGGACACCCAGGUCAAAGAUAGGAAGAUUCAAGAGGAAACUGAAAAAGCACAAAAUGAAACAAUUGCUGGUGAGAUGAAGCAAAAUGACAAGAUCACCUGUAUAUUAGACAAACGACAGAGGAAAGACAUCAGAAACCUAAAUAAAGCUCUUGCAGAGUUUCAACAAAAUUUUCAGAAGCCAGAAACUCGGCGUGAAUUUGACUUAUCUGAUCCACAAGGCCUAAAGAAAGAUACUCCUGCUCGCCUUUCUGACAGUGACCCUCGAUGUACUGUGUCUGGCUUGCAGAUGUUUCUAGGAGAAGAUUUAAACCAAGCUCAGCGGUCAGAUUUUCAAAAGGAGCAGUCAAGAGAGUGGCUUCUGCAGCAACAGAGAGAUUGGGAAAAUGCAUUAGCAGAUAAAAAAUUUGCAGGUAACAAAUGUGAAAAAUUGGAUAUUUUUGGGGGAGUGGUUGGGGUUUUUUUUGUGUUUUGUUCCCUUCUCUCACCAAAUUCUAAAGGUGGUAACUGA